AUGACUGCGAGUCCACCAACAGCAACCUCCUCUUCCGCAAGUAAAGGAGGAUCAUCCUCUAGUCAAACAAAUAAAACUGAUGAAGGCCCAAGAAAAACCACCAAUACAAUAGUAAUUUCUAGCAGUGGUGGUAGUUCUUAUAGAAGACUUGUUAAUUAUGAAGACAGUACAAAUGAGGUAAAAGUAAAAGCAAUCAAAAGGUUUCCUGAUUUAAUGAAUUUUUACCAAACAAAGGAAAUAGCCAUGGAAGCAGCCGAAGAAAUCCAAGUAAAUCCAAAAUUAAUCGAUCAAUGUGUAUACGAAUUUGAAACGUAUGAAGAUGAUGUAGAAAACAACAUAUUCUUGAUUGGUAGAACUGGUAGUGGCAAAUCUACCUUAGCUAAUGUAAUUAGUGGUGGCGACAAAUUUGGAGAAAGCGACGGUUCAGUUAGUAAAACUAAAAAUUUCCAAAGCGAAGACUUUAAGCAUGAAGGAAUUAAACAUCGAGUUAUUGAUACCAUCGGAGUUGGUGACACCAAUUUGUCCCCUGAGAAAGUUGUAUUCAAGCUUGCUGAAGCUAUUUACACAAUGAAAAGAGGAAUAAAACAAGUUUUUGUAGUAUUAGGGGGAAGGUUUACUGAAGAAGAAAGGGAACUAUUUGUUAUGGCUGAGAAAAUCUUUGGAAGAAGAAUUAUUGAACAUACAACUAUUGUGAGAAACAGGUUUGAAGGCUUUGAAAAUUCUGAGAAAUGUGAUAAAGAUAGAAAAGAAUUGAGUAGAGAAAAUAAGCAAAUUACUGACUUGAUUAAAAGUUGUGGGGGUAUUAUAUAUGUAAACAAUCCCCCACUAAGUGAAAGUGAAAAAAGACGAAAAAUUGAUGAGGAAGAUAGAGAAAGUUCACGAAAAAAAUUGUUAGAACACUUACAGUCUUGCCACGGAACUUACAGAAUGGAAAAUUGGGAUGAUAUGUGCGUUGGAAUUAAUGACUACAUGAAUGCCAAAAACUUAAAAGAAAGAGGUGGAAAUACAAACUUAUUUUUUGAAACACGAAAUAAAAUUGAAAUAAAUAAUAUAAAAAAUGAAAUUAUUGAAGAAAUUAAGAAUCAAUCACUCAGGUCAGAUGAUAGUGAAGCGCAUUGCUUUACUAAACUAAAUUCUUUCGCGUUUAAUGCUGAUUUAACAUUCAAAGUGAAAAAUAUUUGCUCAAUUCAAUGA